AUGGACGUGGGGCCGGACAGUGCGCAGAUGGAAGGAGACUCCAGCAUGACGAUCCGCGAGGUUCCUUCCGAGAUGAUGGGUUGCCUGCAGAACAUAGAGCAAUACAUGAAUGCACGCUUGGAGGUGCUGGCUCAGGAGAUUUCUCACAGCCAAGCAGCGUCCAGCCAGGACGGUAUCCACAUCCAGAAAAUAGGGGACGAAUUGAAGCAGCUGGCUGCAGUUGAGGGAGAAGGAGAUCGAGCAAGAGGCGAUGUUCAGGAUGCGGAAGAGAACUCCAACCAUGGCGGCGUCUUCGGCAAGGCAUCUCAGGGGCGUUACUUCCUCUAUGAGCACCCGGAUGGUGCGAGGUCGUGGCUGGAACCCUGUAUCGAGCGCCUUCAGGAGAUCGAGGGGGUCGUCCGAGCUAAGUUAGACAUGUGCAUGUUUGGCACGAAUGUGACGGGGAAAGGUUUGAACAAGAAGCCCCCUGGUAUUCUUUGCAAUUGUCCUGGUAUUCUUCAGAAGUUGAACCGGCAGUGUGAUGGCAAACAUUUUCAUGUUCCUUUGAUGGGUGGAGUGGCUCAUCAUGCUCAAAAAUAUCCUCCUGCUUUCUGCAAGGCUGUCAUCUACGGCUACGGUCUUCGACAACAGCUGAGGACUGACGAGGCCAUGCAACAAUUUGCAGCUCACUUGCCAGAAGAAAUCGCAGGUGUUCGUGGGCAUGCAGGAUGUGAAGAAGUCGAGGCAUACCCCAAGGUUGUCCGAUUGCGCCGAUUUGCCUUUCUUCGAGCCGUUGAAGCGUUGAUGAUCAACAAUUUUGGAUACACCAUCCCUGAAAGCAAGGCUGCUGACACUCGCCCCGUUGCCAAUACAGCCUUGGAAGAAGCAAGGGUACAGGCCGGCACGCAGCGUGCCAAGCUGUUGGCCUGCCUGCCGCUGUCCUACAGGCACAAAAUGGAGCUCUACCGGAUCUUCGUCCUCCACAAAGCCACAUACGGUUGGAUCAACAGGUUCCCUCCGGAAGCAACUGCGAAUCGCUGGUUCAAUGCUCUUACCAAGAUGAACAACACCAACAAGAUGGCCAAUCCUUGUAUUCGUGCAACUCUCUAUGGUGGCAACAGCCAUUGCCACCCGGUGAUUGGCCUACGAAUGUUCAAAAGGUUGGCAAGAAUGCGAAGUUCCCUGCCAUGGUCAGCUCAGGCUGGCUCUCCAGUGACAGCCCUGAGAGGCUGGAUGAAGAAACUUGGAUGGCAAGAAGUUUCUCCCUGGAAAUGGAAAUGGUACAACAAUGUAGUCGUGGAAGCUGGACCUUCUACGGGACAGGAAGCAAUGCAUCACCUGCGUCACAGUUGGCGAAUGCACCUGCUGAACAAGUUCUCCAAAUCUAAAAGACAUGAAGCUGCGGAGUGGCGCAGAGUCACAACACAUGCACAGAUGCGUGCAAACCUGGAAGAAGUUGAUCUUGCCGCUGUGCGCCGGCACUUUGAUCGAGCGAAAGAUGCAGUCAUGAAGUUGCAUCGCAAUGUCGGCCACCCACAGAAACCAGAGUUUAUUCAGUUCAUGAGGGCUGGAAGAGUGCGUAGUGAGGUGGCCAAGGAAUUUGAGUGCGACGUCUGCCAGGCGAAGCAACAGCUGAAGGCAGCUCGACCUGCGGCUAUUCCAAAGUCAUUUCAGCCGAAUCGAGUGGUAGGGCCGCACAGAGCGUCAUGGUGGCCACUACAAGAGCAUCCUGGAGAAAAGGCCAGGUCUGAGGUGGUGAUCGGAAGCAAGCAAGAGCUUGGUUUGCUGAUGAAGGAGGUGGAACAGGCCAAGAAUAGAUAUAGCAAUCGGUCAGGCUUUGCACCAGUUCAAAGGCAGAUCGGGCAGCGGCCCCGAAUUCCAAAUGCCAUUCUCUUUGACAAUGUGGUCGAUCCGGCCUUGGUGGAUGGGAUGUGCGUGGAUGACAUGGAGAGGCUUCACAAGAUGAGACGCGUGGCCCAGAAAGCCUUUUGUGAGCUCAACGCCAAGGAGGGGGUCCAGUGUGCUCUGCAAGCCAGGCCAAGGGUGUGGAAAGAGUAUCAAGUGGGCGAUCUGGUCUAUGUGCACCGAGUGCAAGAUUGGAGGUACAGAAGUCAUCAAUGUGCCGAGCUUGUGGGCCAGUUCAAACGAAAUGCCAAUCGAGCUGGAUACAAGGACAUCACCAAAGAGGCAUUGCCUGAGCCAGAUAGCUGUGAAGAGCCCGCUGUGAAACGACCCAGGUUGGAGGAUGUUUCUGCUGAAAUUACACCACCAGCUGCUGAUCUUCCGCCUGCAGAGGGCACCCCAGUGAUUUCCAAUGAGCGUGCCGUCCAGAAUUACCAGAGAACCAUGGAGCAAUCUCAGCCAGCAGAUGAGUGUGGACGUUGGCCGGAAGAAGCUCAAGCGCAUUCAUGGAACCAGCCGGACGGGAAAAUUCAAUCCUCUUGGAAGUCAAGACAUCCCUUGCUAGUUGGCCUGCUGGGAAACUCAUGGCGAAGCAUCACCUUCAAGAAGGGCAAGGUGGUCCAGGAGGAAGUGGAUAAUUGGAGGCUUCGAGAGGGCAAUGUCUCGAGAAGCUGGUGGUGCGGCGUCACUGAGUUUGACCUCAUAGAUGCUGGUGCUUUGGACGCUUGGGUGGCGGCCAAGAAGGGCCAAGAUGAGGUCAACUUGAAGGAUGAGCCAGAGGCAGAGUUAGAAGGAGGCAGAUGA